CUCGAGUUCUCCCGCGAAUGGAAUAUCCCCGUCCAUCACUUUCUCCGCCGCCACGUCUACUUCCCCUGCAAAGCGCGCUUCUCCCAGUCCAUCGCCAUGUUCAUCACCUUCCUCGUCAGCUCGAUCGCGCACGAGCUUGUCAUGAGCUGCAUCACCAAGAAGCUCCGCGGAUACGGCUUUCUUGCCAUGAUGCUACAGCUCCCUAUUGUUGCGGUGCAGCAGUCUAAAUUCUUCAGGGGGAAGACCACAUUCAAUAAUGUCUUCUUCUGGUGUUCUAUGAUUCUGGGAUUAUCCAUGAUGUGUGCUUUAUAUGUUUUAGUAUAG